AUGAAGAAGGUGCCAAUGUAUCCUGAAGUCCUGAAGUCCUUGUGGCAGGCGCUUCUCUGCUUCUCUGCUUCUGCGCUUGUGACUUUUGCACAAGCAGUCAUUGAGGAGGAUGCACUGGGCUCAUUGCACAUCAACACGAGUGACCCACAGCAGCAAAGGAUUUUCUUGAAUGGGAUUGACGUUGAUGCUAUGUUGCACGCGCAGCAACGCACCAUCAACGCGUACCAGGAGCUGCUUUCCGCUCAGCAGAGCAUGAUCGAAGCGCAGCGCGACAUGUUGCAAAGUCAGCAGCACACGAUUGAAACUGUACAAGCCGAAGGACAAGCGCUGAGCCAACAACUUGCAGCGCAAUUGACGACCAACCGAGACCUUGAGAGUAAUGAUGCUGUGCUUCGCAGGCGACUGUGCGCCAAUGGCGUGGCACCAAAGUCAACCACAUUUAAGGUUGGCACUAACGCAAACCCAGAAUGGUUUGGAGCUGUUGUCGGUCCGGAUGGCCUCAUCUAUGGGAUCCCGUUUCGAUCAACGUCUAUUCUUAUUGUUGACCCCGUCACCCACACCGCAAAGAAGAGCGGGCACUUCACGGGUGACUUGAAGUGGGCGCAUGGCGCUGUCGCCAACGGUCUCAUCUUCGCGUUCCCAUUCAAGUCGUCUGCUGUCCUCAUCAUCAACCCAAGCAAUGGAGCUUUGACGACUGACACUUCGAGCAUUUCUGGGCUUCCAGGGAACAGCAAAUGGUCCGGUGGUGCCUUGGCGCGUAAUGGGCUGAUUUACGGCACACCAUGGAACGCGGCGUCGGUGCUGAUCAUCAAUCCGAGGACAAGAACAGCAGAUACAACCUCGAUUUCUGGCCUGGGAGGUGCCGAAAGCAAGUGGCAUGGCGGUGUGGUGGGACCCGAUGGUCGCAUCUUUUGCGUUCCGUUCAAUGCCAAGGCUGUUUUGAUCAUCAACCCAAAGUCCAAUGUGGCCGAUACCACCUCGCUUGCUGGUCUGGGAUCCGCCACUUCAAAGUGGUUUGGAGGAGUCCUUGCUCGUAAUGACCUCAUCUACGGAAUUCCUGCAGGCUCACGGUCGGUGCUGAUCAUAAAUCCCAAGUCGCUGACAACCAACACAGGAACUAUCAGCGGGUUACCAAGUCUCGGAAACAAGUGGCACGGCGGGGUGCUUGCCUCCGACGGCCGCAUUGUGGCGAUGCCGUUCACCGCACAAUCGCAAUCCGUUCUCAUUAUCGAUCCUGCCACAAAUACCGUUGAUAUGACUACGUUCACUGGUUACCGCGAAGGCGGCAAAUGGAAGGAACCUGUUCGAGCAAGCAAUGGGUUGAUCUACGCUGUUCCCUACUUUUCCAGGAACGUUCUCGUUUUGGAUCUUGGCUGCUGAAGUGCUGACUCAACCUGUUAUGCGUGUGUGUGUGUGUGUGUGUGUGUGU